AUGGAGGUGUCCGCCGACGCGGCGGCGGCGGCGGCGGCGCGGACGCUGCGGUGGGCCAGCCGCGCGGGCCACCUCGGCGGCGUCCCCCGCGCCGCGGUGAUAGGCGCCGUGGGCACCAUCGCCAAGGCGUACGUCUCUCUCCUCAACACCACCACCGUCCACAACGCCGACGCCCUCCACCGCCUCGUCUCCUCGCGCCCCCCCGGCACGCCGCUCCUCACCGUCAGCAACCAUAUGUCCACGAUAGAUGACCCGUUUAUGUGGGGAUUCAAGGGUUUCCCCAUUACAGAUUCAAAGCUUGCAAGAUGGGUGCUGACAGCGGAGGAUAUCUGCUUCAGGAAUGUAUUCAUGUCUUACAUGUUUCGACUUGGAAAAUGUGUGCCGAUCACUAGAGGGGCUGGAAUUUAUCAAGACCAUAUGAAUGAGGCCCUUGAAGUGCUUAGCACUGGAGGCUGGUUGCAUUCAUUCCCUGAAGGAAAAGUAGCUCAAGAUCACCAACCAAUCAGACGGUUGAAAUGGGGAACUGCCAGUCUUAUUGUCCGAGCACCUGUAACUCCAAUAGUUUUACCUAUUGUUCACACUGGUUUUGAAAAGGUCAUGCCAGAGAAAUCAUUUUUUGGACGCCGUCCACCAUUGCCUCUCUGCGGCAAGGAGAUACAAAUCAUCGUGGGAGAACCGGUAGACUUUGAUCUGCCAGGCUUGAAGCAGGUGGCAGCAACGAUGCCCCAAGACACAUCCUUCGAAAGGAAGGGCUGGCCAACCAUCACGCCGGAGGGGCUAGACGAGGCAGCGCAGAGGUGGCUUUACCAGAAGAUGUCGGAUAAAAUCCAGUCUGUGAUGGAGAGCUUGAGGAAGACGCUUCUGAACUCGAAGCAGCAUUGACAUUGAUUCUUUUAGUUGGUUCUUCGACCAUGGGGCAAGGAUGCCCUGCUUUUUUUUUUUCUCCAAUACCUUGUUGAAUUGGUUAGGUUAUAGUAGCUUCGUUAGCUAGUUUCAGAUGAUGGGAUCACGAUACGGCGAUUGGGAGGAUACGGAAAUCGGGAGGGUUGUAGUUCUCCAUUGGACAUUGCACAGAAUCUCAGAUUUGGAGUUUUUAUUUUUUGCAAUAACAAGAGUAUUCAGGCAGUUGCCUAGUUUCA